AAGAACUACAACAACAGCAACAACAACAACAAAUUGCGAUUUGGCAACCAGACAAGUACAACAACAAGCGGGCAAAAAAAACUGUGCAACGUGCACGCCAACAAAGUACAACAAAUAAUUCUACGCAACCAGCGCCAAAGGCCAGCCAGCCGCAAAUCCAACAAAAACAACAACAACAACAUAAGCAGAAGCAGAAGCAACGGCAGCAACAGUCGGCGCGGCAAAUCAGCGAGAGGCAAUAACAAAACAAUAACAAACAUUAAGACGUUGUCCAGGGAAACGGCGCAGUUGAGGCAACCCAGCAUUAGCAUGGAGAAGGUCGCUAGCAAACAAUACGAAUCGAAAAUCUGGCCAGAUAUUGUCGAUAGCGAUGACAGCGAUGUGGAAAAUGAAAUAGAUGUUGACAAAUUGCCCCCACUGGAGGUGGGGCCCAAUGAGAACCGCCUGCAGCACACAUACUGCCUCUGGUUCUCCCGGAAGGGCACACAACGAGCGGCCACCGACUAUAGCAAAUCGCUGCAUGUGGUCGGGCGCUGUGCCAGCGUGCAGCAAUGGUGGUCACUCUACUCGCAUCUGAUACGGCCGACGGCGCUGAAGCCCUAUCGGGAGUUGAGUCUCUUCAAACAGGGCAUCAAGCCGAUGUGGGAGGAUCCGGCGAAUAGUAAAGGCGGCCAGUGGGUCAUACGUUUGCGAAAGAAUAAAAUUGAGCGCGCCUGGGAGAACGUCUGCAUGGCCAUGCUGGGUGAGCAAUUUCUGGUUGGCGAUGAAAUCUGCGGCAUUGUGCUGCAAACAAAGUAUCCGGAGGAUAGCUUAUCAGUAUGGAAUCGGACUGCCACUGAUAUGACCAGUACAACACGUAUCCGUGAUACGUUACGCAGGAUAUUAAAUAUACCUCUAACAACUGCAAUGGAGUAUAAGAUACACUGUGAUAGCCUUAAAUACGUUUCAAUUAAUAAAGGCGCAUUGAAAAGCUGAAAUUCAGUGAAUAAUUACAAACACAAAACAAAAACAAUAAGAAAACAAACAGAUGAUUUAGUCGCUAGCAAAUGGAGCAACAACAACAACAACAACAACACACAGCAACAACAGCAACAAUAACCGCAACAACAACAGCAAUAACCGCAACACAAGCAACAACAACAACAACAACAACAACAACAACAGCAACGAGCACAAAACAGCCCCCUGAUGAUAAUUCUAGCAAUGAUAAUGAUGAUGUUCGAUAAUGGAGAUACGAUAUGAAGUACCGUAAAGACUAAUCCCAUUUUCCACGCAAAACCCCAAACCCGAAACAAUAUAGCAAGACAGUCAGUUAAUAUUUAAGCGCCAAUAAUACAAAUCUUUGUAUUUUCAACAAGUUUACAAAAGCCCGAGUUGUAUAUAUGAAACGCCAUAAAUAUUUUAGUUUGUAUGUAUAAAGUUGAUAUUAGCCAUUCCCAAUUUAAUCGAAAUCGAAUUCGAAAUUCAAAUUCAAAUAAUAAGCUGAACAUUUAACCAAACGUCUAAAGCAAUCAUAUAUAUUGGCAAAAUAGUUUUCUAACAUUUUUUCUAUGCUGUGUAAUAUAGAUUUAACUGUAAACUCCCCCCUCCCCCCUCCUUCCGCAACAAUUGUGCUACUUCGAAUAGUUACAGCUCGCCCAGACAAAGGAGAAGAAGAAGACAAAAAUAUAGACAGCACCAGCUAGGGCUUACGAUAUUUAUCUGUUUGAAAUGAUUAUUUUAAAUUUAUGAAAACCGAAUAAUCAAAUUGUUUGUUUUUGUUCA